AUGCCGCCAGAUCUUAACUCCCUCCCGCCAUCUCGCUCAUCCUCCACCUCAUCAUCUCUCCCACACCGGAACCUCUCCGCCGUCUCCCCGGGCACUACCACCCCCGCUGCUCCCGCCAACCCCAGUACUACCUCUCCACGGCCCUCGCGCGGGUCAAGCAUCGGCCGAGUGUCGGUCUCCGAGAGACGUAGGUCUAAUGCCGGCAUGCACCUCAACUUCAACGAGACUGGCACUACGGCAUCGGGCAAUAAUAACGGCGAUGCACCCUGGUCCGAGCAUCGUAGUUCGAUGGGCCAAGCCUUCCGCACGGCCAGUCCCACCAGUCACGGCGGCAGUCCAGUCUUUGCGACCGCGGACCCGCACCACCAGCGUGCCCCAUCGUUGGGGGAACUACACCAGGAGUUGGAGCAGGAGCAGGAAGCACAAGUGAAUCGCCUUCUGCAGAUGAUUCGCAGCCAACAGGCCCAGCUACAACAAUACCAGCAACAAAACCAACAGCACAACUCAUCUGCAUCAGGUACGGCAGUCAUCGACGAGACUACCACUCCAGCAUCAGAGAGAUCGGCCACAUUUUUCCCGCCUAUUCCUCCACCGGCUACGGGACCCAGCAACCGACUCUCCAUAUCUUCGCAUUCUAACCGUCGAUCUUCACGUCCGCCCAGCCAGGCUGCGUCACCGAACCUCCGACCACGGGAUCCAUCGCGGGGACCGGAGGGUACGGAGGCGUUUCCGAGUCUCCGGGAAAGCUCAUCCCGACGGAGUAGCCGAGAUGAGGGGGCAUACUAUCAAGCCGAAGCGGCCAUGCUGAGCCGAGAGAAUCAGAUGUUGCGCCAACGCAUUCGAGAGCUAGAACGCCAAAUUCAUGACAUGACUACCUCAACAAGACCGACUGCUUCUACGGCCACCGACUCGGCCCCAGUAUCGGGGCAAGCGGCGCCCGAAACGGCAGACCCACAGACCAUGCGAUCGGCAGACGGUAAAGACUGA